CACUUGUAAACAAGAGUGCAUUACCAGGAUCCUUACAGCUGCCCUGAUUUCUCCUCUGUGACCUUGAGCAAAAGAUGUGUGAAACAAAGAACUCAACAGAGGCUCACCCAAUCCCGCUAGGGAUGGCCCUGGGGAGCAUCUCACUGAUCACAGUCAUCAUGAAUAUUUUGGUCCUAUAUGCAGUGAAAACAGAAAGAAAGCUGCAUACAGUUGGGAACCUGUACAUUGUCAGCCUAUCAGUCGCGGACCUUAUAGUUGGUGCAGCUGUUAUGCCGCUGAACAUUAUGUACCUACUGAAGCACAGAUGGGAACUGGGCAGACCAGCCUGUCAGUUCUGGCUCUCAAUGGAUUAUGUAGCCUCCACAGCCUCCAUCUUCAACCUUUUUAUACUGUGCCUAGAUCGUUACCGUUCAGUUCAGCAGCCACUCAAGUAUCUCAAGUACCGGACCAAAAGUAGAGCUUUGGUAAUGAUUUCUGGAGCUUGGCUGAUUUCUUUUCUGUGGAUCAUACCGAUUCUAGGCUGGCGUACUUUUACCAAUGAUAGGGAACAGCAAGUGGAAGAAGGGACCUGUGAAACAGAGUUCUCCAAAGUCACCUGGUUUAAAGUGUUGACGGCCAUUUUCAACUUCUAUGUCCCAUCUUUACUGAUGUUAUGGUUCUAUGCAAAAAUAUACAAGGCUGUCCGGAAACACUGUCAGCACCGAGAGCUAAUCAAUGGAUCGUUUCGGUCUUUCUCAGAAAGCAAAAGUAUACAUCGUGAUAAGGUGCAGGAAAAGCAAACCAUUUGCCACCAAAAGCCAAAUAAAGAUAUAAACACGGAUCUUUUGAAAAGAAGCUCUGUAGACCCUUGCUGCAAUGUAAAUCUCUACUUCCCUCAGUCCAAAAGUAUGGGGGCGAAGCUUAAACUCAGCAGCUUUGACAAACCCCCAAAAGCUCUCAUUACAGAAGGUGACAGCAAGGUAGUAAAACUAAGCUGUUUUCCCCUUGCCAUUGCCAAGACUCAGCUAGGACCAGAUAAAGUGGGAAUGAAAUAUGUUCCUGUCAAGAAGGGGUCUUGCUCACAGGCUCCAGAGUUAAGUGACACAUCAGGUGAGCACACUUUCAUUGAGGAGGCCUCCUGUAAAAAUGACUCCGAUCUCACCCUGAUCCCAGCAACUUCUAGUGCUGAGGAAAAGACUAACAAAAACUCUGCAGACCUCAGUUACCUGAAGAGCACCUGGCGGAGACUGCGCACCCAGUCCAUGCAAGGGGUGCAUGUGAACAGGGAGAGGAAAGCAGCCAAGCAGCUGGGUUUCAUAAUGGCAGCCUUUAUGGUGUGCUGGAUUCCCUAUUUUGUGCUGUUUAUGGUAAUAGCCUCUUGUCAAAGCUGUUGCAACUACAGUUUCCAUAUGUUCACUAUUUGGCUUGGUUAUGUGAACUCCACUUUAAAUCCAUUCAUCUAUCCCCUCUGUAACGAGAACUUCAAGAAGACGUUCAAAAAGAUCUUUCAUAUUCACUCAUAA